AUUCGCUAGUAUAGCACUAAUUCAUGCUCCCUCGUGCUUUUCAAACUCGAGACAAAGUUUAUUUACAAUUUAUCAUCGAUAUUUAACAAUGUACUUUACAAAUUGUUAUAUCCCUUAAUCGUAUCCUAUGAAAUUUCGUUUCAUCGAAUGAAAAUGUUUAUCGUCAUAGAAACUGUCAAACGUUCUAUGUCGUUUAGUGUUAGUUAGUUAUUAAUUAAAUAGUUAAAACGUACAUUAACGACUGUGCUCUAUUAUUGUAAUUUAACAGCAAUGUCGACGGACUACACAGAACGAUAUAUUUUUGAGGCAGAAUGGUAUGACAAGAUUGCUUGUAUUUUGAAAAAAUUUUAUUUAUAUUAUUAUCCAGCAGACAAUACCGUGGAAUUGUUUGAUAUAAAGACAAAGAAAACAUUUUUAAGAAGAACCAAAUGCGAGGGUAUUAAAGCAAAAGAUUUUUAUGUUGGAGCAGUUAUAACAAUAUAUUCACGGAACAUAAAAAUUAUUGACUUUGCCGAUAAGAGUACAAAGGCUAAAUUGCAAACAAUAACACAGAAAACUUUUGCAAUUAUAAAGCCGGAUGUAAUGAAUAAAAUGGGCGAAAUAUUGAAAAAUAUUAUAGCUCACAAUUUUCAUGUUGCAAAUAUUAAGAUGGUAAAACUUACCAAAGAGCAAGCAACAGAAUUUUGUAAAGGAAAAGAAUCAACUCAGUUGCCGAGAUGAUGCUGUUGCACAAUGGCAGAAAUUAAUAGGCCCAGAAGAUAGCGACGAAGCUCGUAAGACUGCACCAUCCUCUUUAAGAGCAUGUUAUGGAAAGGACAAUAUUCAGAAUGGCAUUCAUGGCUC